AUGACUCCCACUUUUCUCUCCGUGGCUGGUCGCGGAGGGCGGGGGCUCCGCGCUGCGUUUGACAGCUGCGAAAUAGAAAAUGUACAGCUCCAAAGCCAGCGCACUCUCGCCAGGCACCGGGAUGCGCCGUGGCUCCUCGUAGCCCGCGGAUGCCCUCGUAAAAUCUGCGCCAAUUACUGAGCGCAAACUCCACCGGGGGGAGUCUAUUUUUUUUCUUCUUGUGCGGGAUUUUGUGCGUGGGAGGGGGUGGUGGUGGUGUUGUUGGAGGACAUGCAUCGCGCGUUCUCGUUCCCGGCGACUUCGGAGCGCAGUCGGACCAAGGAGCGCCUGGAGGCGAGUCUGUCCGGGCUGUGCGAGCUGGAGCUCCGCAAGCAGAGGCAGGAGUGCCUGGUGCUGGGGGCGCUGGCUCUGGGGGACCCUCUGCUCGAGGGCCGCUCCGGAGCUGAACUGGCGGGGUUCAGCAGCUGGGGCCAGGAGAACUUGACACUGAGGCGCCAGCUGAGUGCCCUUCAGAGCACCCCAUGGGGCCUGAUGCAGGCGCUGGAGCAGCAGGCGGGGGAGCUGAGGAUUGACGCGGAGGACGGCGGCCAUGAUGGCGCUCAAGCAGCAGAAGGAGGCGACAGUCGGCCGAGUUCGGGUUUCUAUGAGUCGAGCGAGGGUCAAUCGCCUAAAGGGAGAUCUUGUUCCUCAGAGUCAACAGAGCCCGUUUCCUCCUGGGCUCACACCAACGACAGGCCGAAGUCUGUGGGUGACCCCCUGAUGCUGAACGGAGGACAGGAUGUGCCCGUCCCCCGCGCGGGCCUCCCCCGCUCUUUCUCAGCCCCUCACCCGCCUCUGGAGGGCAUCGCCGAGGAAGGCGGGGCGGGGGAGUCGUGGCAGUGGGACGCCGGCGGUGGGGGCGGGGCCUGGCAGCAGCAGCAGCAGCAGCAGCCCGCGGAGGAUCAGGUCACAGAGGAGGACUACCAGCUGGCUCUGAGGGUCGAGGGUUACAUCCUCGGCCUCAUCCAGCGCUACACCCUCCCGCCGCGGCCGUGUCAGCCUCGCACCACCCUGAGCCCCGACCCCCAGUACCCCGGUGCCUCCGGGCACGGCUCCCUACACAGGAGAACUCCUUCUCUUACCACAGAGCAGCACUUUCCUGACCCCCACUUCCAGCCCCACGUUGACCUUUCAGCAAACCCUAAGGGCCAGGGCUGGGGUCGUGACCUCCAGGAGGGGGAGGCCUGUGGAGCAGAGGCCCCAUCUUUGGAGGAGGACUGUUAUCUUGCUCUGCCCUACCCCCAGUCCAGGCCGCACUCGCUGGCCGAGAGGCUGCAGUCACCCCUGCCCUCCGUGGACCCCAACUGUGGUGCCGGAGCUCUUGACUUUUAUUGUGAACCCCCAUCCCCCCAGCAUUACUUACAUCACACACAGCUCCCUAUUCACCCCAAACACAAUUUAGUGAGUGCUCAGUACAUCCCCGGGCAAGCCUGCCAUGCCCCCGUGCGCUCGCCCCGACACUACAACCCGGAGCAGGCCAAGCCCAACCGCGCCGCGGCCUCCUCCGACCCCCCGAAGGCCAGAGCUUCCAAGAAGAGCCACGGCGAGCGGCAGAGGGCCAAGAAGUCGGGCAGCAAAGCCGGCCGAUCGCAGUCGGAGAACAGCCUGCUGGGCCAGCGGGUGCUGCCCGAGCGCAGGUACAGCACCACCGAGAGGCACCAGGGCCGAGGGGAGCCCCCCCCGGGCCGAGGCCACGCCGCCGGACACCCGGCGGGGGGCGGCGCCGGCGACGGCGCGGGCCGGCGCUGGUGCUCCAACGUGGAGCUCAGCCAGGACGAAGGGGAAGCGGCGGCGGCGGCGCAGCCCCACAGGCGACCUGCGCGAAAGGUUCGCCACGGCCCCCCCCAGGCCCAACACCAGAACUACCAGCAGCACGGCCAGCGCUGGCACCCCGACUACCCGGAGACGGCCCCUCUCUGCCGCGGAGAGGAGAGCUACGGCGGAGCCGCCGCCGGCGCCGCUGCCGCCCUGCCCGUCGAGUCCGAGUCCAGCAUGAGCGAGGUGUACUCGCCGGCCUCCAGCUCGCUGUCCAGCGACUCGGACGGGAGCGGGGGCCUCGUGUGGCCCCAGCAGCUGCCGCCGCGCCUGGCGUCCACCUCGUCCUCGUCCUCGCCCUCACCGCAGGCGCCGACCAACGCCGCCGCCGCCGCCGCCGCCUCUCAGCCAAAGGCCUUCGUGAAGAUCAAAGCCUCCCACGCUCUCAAAAAGAAGAUCCUGAGAUUCCGCUCGGGGUCACUCAAGGUCAUGACGACCGUGUGACCCCCCCCGCCCCCCGUGUUUUUAAGCCACUGUCCGAGCAACUCUGUGGCGAAUACUCGAGGUCGGGCCUGUCGUUUGUUAACUGACCAAUCCGGCUUUGGCACGCUGCCUACCUCUGGUUUCAAGACGUUCGUGCCGAGAGACAUUUAGAGACAUUUAAAGAUCUGAAGGAGAUCAUUUGGUUGAAUUUGUCUGGUAGGUGACAGCCAUAAGACACUCGACUAGUGAGCACCGUUCUGCUCUGAUUGAUGAUAAUUGGCGUCAUCGUUACGCUGCGUUCACACGGCGACUGAAGCGUUCGUCUCGAUGCCUGUUGGCCGUAUAGUUAAUUAAUCGUGAUGUGUGGUUAAUUGAUUCAUUAAAACGGUACAUUGUCAAAAGCUUCAAGUCUUGCUAAAACACCAAAGCUGUAGGAAAUGACAUUGAAGUAUUUUAUGGUACUGACCUUUUCAAAAAAAAUUGGGUUAAAUCAAUUGUUCCAAAAUUUCCCACAAAUGUCCUUGAAAGCUUCUUGGAAAGAACUGUGAAAUUUGGAUUAAUUAAACUCAAGGAAUUAUCAAUAGAAUAUUUAUUCGUUAUUGGAAAGUUAAAAGUGAUCUGACUUUGCGCUGAAUUGAAGCCUGUAGUCACCACUAGAUAAUUGGAAUUAAUUGGAGUGUAUCAUUUAAACAGUCCCUAUUUGUCCUUCAUAGUUCGUUCCGGGAACUAUUGGGUUUUUGUUCUGAAGCUACAGACCCAUGAAAUAAAGUUCUUCUCAAAAUAAUACUUCAGUGUGUGGUGGAAACUUGAAGCUUCAGAGUAAGGAUUUAUCUUGAAAUAUACAAAAAAAAAUGUUAUUUGUGAAGGAUUGAACUAAUGUGUAAUAGAACAAAUCUAUGUUUACAUUUGGUUCUCACACAGUAUUGGUGGUGUGAGUGUUGUUCUCUGAGGAGGGUACUUUGUAAACUGUGCUGCAGGGACCAAUGAGCAG